AGUCAGCUGUCCACAUACUUUAACCAUACAUGAGUCACAUAAUCUGACUCACUGGAAAGAGACGGAAGUCCCAGCACUACUGACGUCACGUGACCGACUUCCCGUUUCAAACUAGCAACUUUGAAACCGCGUCCGCUGCAGCUAUGACAACAGUGUGUUAAAGAUGGGAGGACUAACACCGCCCGGGAAACCUUCACGAUCAAGACCACGACGAAAAGCUUUGAAAUGUACUGUGGAACUAAAACUCCAUGCUGUCACUUGUCCAGGGGUCCUUUUACCAUCCCAUGAGGACAUCUACUUGAGCGUCCGGAUGAUGGGACAAUACCACAAAACAAAGUGUGUCUCCUCUGCCUUCCCUCUUCUGCUGCAUGAAAGCAUGGUGUUUACUAAGACCUUCUCAGGAGCAUUUGACCCUGGUGAUAUAGCUGAUCAUCUGGAGAAUGAUACAACCUGUUUGGAGCUCAUCCAGCUUGUUCCCCCAGAGGGUGAAAUUCUGGCCACAUUUGCGGAGAACACCAGAGACUUCCUUUAUCCAGGCCUUAACCUGAUUCCACAAACCCCGGGUUCAGAGAGAGAAGUUCUCAUGAAGAAAUCUGCCUCGUUCCCGGGGAUUUCACCCAAAGUGGAAUUUUCAACCAUGUCUGUUAUUGAUGAGUGUGAUAUGAAAAGUAUCCGGCCAGCUGUCUCACCACGUGGAGCUUCAACGUGUCAUGUAAGACGUAGAAACUCAAAGGCAAGUGUAGCAGAACAAUGUGGCUACCAGAGGCCUACAGUAGCAUCACAGAGCCGCUGCCUAUCACCAUACACUCACCGUAGGAUGUGUCAACUCUCUGACGAUGCCACACAGCGCCUCCGCCACCUCCAGCUCGGACCCUACACCUUUAAGAAAGACACGGCCCCUCAGCCGCCUUUUGUGGUUCCUUGUAGUCCCAACUCUUCAUUAAUUGAAUCUCCAACACCAUCCACAGCUCUACAGUCUUCACCUAAAACAAACUCCUCCCACCAGACAUCUGUUAGAGGUCAUUCUCUGCAUGUGUGUCCUGUAUCUCCUGGGGGGAAGUCCACAAUGUUCCUCAGCAGUCCCUCUCAUUCAAGAAACCUUGCUUAUCAGUCCACCCCUGUGUCCAGCAGGCGCAGGGACCAGAGUCCACUGCUCAGUCGCUCCACACUCAGAGAAAGGUUUCAGAGCCCAUCCAGUCCCUCACAAUCACAAGAGAUCCACAGACGCGUUCAGAAGAUUUUACACAGUCAUGCCACUCCCCGCAAGCUCUCCUUUGAGGAGCAGAGUGAAAAAGGAGAAUAUUAUCAGAAUAAACCUGGUCCCUCCUGCCAUGACUCACUGCGUCACAGCCAGCUACAAGCUGACAGGGUUAUUCCUGGUGAGCCAUCUGUUCAUUUAGAUAACGGAACAUUCUGGACCAACAAAGCUGCCAAAUACACCGGGAAGUCCCACAGAGCAGUGUUUGAGGACAGCCUUGGCAAAAUCUACAAGAACCUGUACAGAAAGGCAUCAAGUCCCCCACACACAGUGACUCACAAUGCACCUGGACAUAGUUACCUUUUCCAAGAUGGCUAGUUUUCCUUUAAGCCCGUUAUUUUUAUUUAUUUCCUUAUAAUCCAAACCAAAGUUUCUGUGCUGAUUUUCUUAAGCCAUGCAUAAUCAUAAUCAUAAUCAUAAUAAUAAUGUGUCCUGGUUACAUGUGCUGAUUAUUUAAGUAAGGAAUAACACAAGGCAGACAUGCUAUUAUAUAGCAAGAUAAUUAACAACAAGGAGGUGUGGCUCAGUUUUAGUCCUAUUAUAGCACAGCCAUUUGCAAAUGAUUAUUAUUUUUGCUAAUUAUAUAAUGACACACUUCUCUUUUGUUCUCUCUUGAUGCUAACACAGCUCACAAUGUUACUGAGAAACUACAAAGCCCUCUGUCCUGCUGUGACUAAUGUCAGAAAAGCAUUACAAAAGUUACACUUUACCCCUAACUGUGAAAAAGCGCUGACACUAGGACACUGCUGUUAAGUAAGGAACACCACACGACCAAGCGUACAAUUAUACAAAAAUAAUCCAGGCCGGGGUGGUGUGAAGCAGAAGAUUCUUUUUGUACCACAGUACAGCCUAGGUACCAACGACUUGCGAUUUGUCAAUGAUUACAAUGUGUAAUUUAUUAAUGAACAUAUCACAUUUUAACAGUUAGAUUGAAUGCUAUGGAAUGUCUGCAAGGCAAGUUAGUGGUCAUUAUUAUUCACAUAGUGAGCUCUCCUUUUCUCUCUCUCUCAAAAAACUGCAGCUUGUCAUUUUGUUGCCACAAAUUUGGAAGCAGACAAUUGCAUAGAAUGUGUUUGUAUGCUGUGGCAUUAG